AUGGAAACCUGGGAGACUUACUCAAAGCCUAUCCUAGCGAAGGAACACAUCGAUGCCGCGGAAGCGGGUCCUGCGAGUGAUACUGAAUAUGCGGAUGCCACAACGCCAUCCACGAUUCAAAAAGAACCACAAGGCGAGUGCUUCCUCCAAUGGAUCAAAAAUAUGGAUACUCUCCUCUAUGACCUUUCAGUCAUCCGAGAACAAGUCAAGGCAUACCGUGAGCAGGCCCACGGGACUCCGCUCAAGAAUUUCUCCCUCGGCUCGGUCAUCGCCAACCUCAAGACUCUCUACGGGCCACAGAAUCAAAUCAGUCAGGUCCUCGUCGUUGUGGAAACAAUUCAAGGUUCCUUUGUUAUGAUGGAAGCGAUGGGCUUCAAGGGAUGUGUAGAGGCCGGGUAUAACUUAGCCGUAGUUCACGGAUGCCUAGCCAGGUACAUAGAUACGCGGAACAUGAGCCACCGCUCACUCCUUGGGGGUCAGAAUGAACUCAACACUGCUCUUGUUACUGUAGAGGAGACCGAAACGCUGGUACAGGAUAUGAAGGAUCAGCUGAAGGGAGGUGCGCUGAAAGAGUUAUUGGUGCUCCAUAAAGACUUGAAGAAGGAGAAUGAGCGCAAGGAUAUGGAGAUCGAAACGCUGAAGAAGCAGUUGAGAAAGGCGUUGGACGAGGGAACAGCGGACUCGGACGAAGCCGGCGACAUACAUACACCGGAAGCUCUCGAAGACUGGGAGGAGAACGUCCUUGCCCAUCUACUUCUGCUUCUCGCGGGCGUCGUCUUUCUCGUACUCCUACCCGGCGUAAUCGACCGUGCCAACAACACCGAAGAUCUCCGCGGCGGUAUCGAACACCGCAAUGUGCACAGCCGCUACCCGCCGUUCAACUACUACGGGGCCAUGACGGUAUCAGAAUACGAUGACGAGGAGGAGGAGAAUGGCACGGAGCCGUUCAAAAAGAUGAUGUUCGAAGGUGCGGGAGGCCGGGAAGGACUUCAGAUGCCCCUCAUCUAA